AUGACUCGAACAAAUAGCAAACUGGGGCGAAAAUAUUUCACGCCACGAAAAUUGCUUACCCCGAAAAAACGACAUUCAGAUUCAUUACGUAAACGAAGGGAUAAAAAUCGUGCAUUCAAAGAGAUUAAAUUCUAUCAAAAAACAACUUGUUUAUUAAUUCAAAAACUUCCAUUUAUGAGAUUGGUAAAAGAUAUCCUGGAAGAUUUGCGUCCACAGAUCGGUUACCGUUGGAAAGAAACGGCCUUAUUGGCUUUACAAGAGAUGGCCGAAAAUUAUCUGAUCUCAUUGUUUGAAGAUUCGAAUAUUGUUGCUUCAAAUUCAAAACGUAUAACGAUUAAAGUUGAAGACAUGCAAUUGGUUCGACGUAUUCGUGGUCUUUCCGAUAUUUGUAACCGUUAA